GCCCCGCGGUGUCGCGCGCUUCCGCUUCCUGCGGAACAGGCGAUGGCGGCCCGGCUGCUGCUGGCGGCGCUGAGCGCGGCGUUGGGUCUCUUCGCCUCGGCGGGGAAGAUGAAGAUCGUGGAGGAGCCGAAUACGUUCGGGUUGAAUAACCCAUUCUUGCCUCAAACAAAUAGGCUGCAGCCAAAGAUGUCCCCGUCUGCAGUAUCAGGCCCUGCACAUCUCUUUAGGCUUGCUGGCAAGUGUUUCAGUUUUAUGGAAUCCACGUACAAGUAUGAGUUCUGUCCAUUCCAUAAUGUCACUCAGCAUGAGCAGACUUUUCGAUGGAAUGCCUAUAGUGGGAUUUUAGGAAUCUGGCAUGAAUGGGAAAUUGACAACAACACAUUUAUUGGAAUGUGGAUGAGGGAAGGAGACUCCUGUGAAACCAAGAGCAGACAGACAAAGGUUCAUCUUGUUUGUGGAAAGAGCAAUAAAUUGGCUUAUGUGUCUGAGCCAAGUACUUGCGUUUACUCUCUGACAUUUGAGACUCCUCUUGUGUGCCAUCCCCACUCACUUUUAGUUUAUCCAACUCUGACUGAAGCACUGCAAAGGAAGUGGGAUGAAGCAGAGCAGCUUCUGUACGAUGGACUAAUAACUGAUCAGGGUUACAAAAAAAUUCUGAAAGAGAUUUUUGAGGAAGCAGGACUUCUAAAAGCAACAGAAGAAAAUGAAGUUGAAAAACAUAGUAAGAAAAUAACUCUGGAAUUUGAAACAGUGGAAAAAUGCAGUAAGGAAUACAAGCAACUUUCUGAAGAAAUAAAGAAACUUAGAGUUUUAUUAGGUCAGCAUGGUAUUGCAUACCAAGGAAAUUCUGCUGGAAAUACCGGUAUUGAGUAUGUAAGUCACCAACUGGCAUCUGCAUCGAUGGCAUCAGUUCUUAAUGGGUCAAAGGAUGAUAAGCACCUGCAUGGCAAUACAAGAAUUUGGAAUUACACUGUAUGAAGAAACUUGGGUGGUACAGAAUAUAAAUUAAACUCAACAUGUAUUAUGCAAAAAAGAUGAUUUACCUUCUUGUGAGUAUUCUUGACUUUUUGAAUUUCUGCCCUAAAACAGUGCAGUGGAGUGAGGGCACACCAUUAUGAGAAUAGCAUUUGUAACACUGAUUUGCUAAGACCAGUACUUGGCACAAAUUUACAGAUUCUGUGUGUCUAGUCCCAGCUUUUGCUAUUUUCAUUGAUCAAGUGUAGUAGAAGUUGGAGUAAAUACAAGCCAGCUCAAGACUAGUGCUGAAAGAUGUUGUAAUAAAGGUCCUAAAUACAA